GCGCGGACUGGAACAGGCCCCAGCAGCCCUUCUGAACGUUGUGGAGUGGCACCCAGGGCCUUGCUCCGUGCAGGGGCUCCCUUGCCUGGCACCUGCCUAGCCAGCUUCUGGGAAGGAUGGUGGGUGUGCAGCCUGAGCCAGUCCCCUUCUGAGGGGUCCAGGGAAGGGCUCUGGCUCAGAGAGGUGACCCUGAGGGCGAAGGCAGGGAGGGAGGCGCAGGGAGGGAAGGGCUGCUCCCCCAAGCUGGGGGAGAGGCUGCCUCAGGCCUUGGCUCCCUCCACUUGAUUCCUCUUGGGUCUGAAGUCUGAGCUCACAGAAUUUCUGUGUGUGACCGGCCCCCCCUGCCUCUGGGGUGCGGGGAGAGGUCAAGCAUGAAGCUGGGGCUGCUGGACCCAAGCGGGAGCCCCCUCAAGUUGGAAUGGUAGCUUCUGUGUGGCACGGAGCCCGGGCCUGGCUCGCUCCCUCCGAGAAGGGGGCUCAGGAACAUCUGAAUUGAAAGCAGUGACUGACACUGUGGUUGUAUUUGCUCACCCGCAUGUCCAGAGACACACAUACAUGUGUGCAUGCACAUUUGUACACACAUGCACACACAUGUAUACAGGGUACACGUGCCACAGGCAUGGACACACAUAGGAACCCAUAAAGCCAGGUAUGUGCCCACACGCAUGCUGCACAUUGCAUACAACACACAUACCACAUGGUCUUACCACAUGGUCUCACAUAGAUGUGUCCGUGAGCAUGCUCACACUGCACACACGGCCAGUACAGUUACCAACAGGACCCUCAGAAACCAUUCACACUCACAGGCACCUGCCUCUGCUCCGCUGUGGGCCUGGGGGCACUGACCCCCUCCUGUUGCUCUCACCCCCGGAUGGCUGGUUCUCUUCAUUGCACUCGGCAUCCUCUGAAAUGACUGCAGUCAUCUGAGUUCUUGCUGGCACCCUGCCCCCUCCUGCAUGGGGACUUUGCAUCCUGCAGUGUCCCCAGCCCCAGGCCCAAGCUGGCAUGACCAUAGGCUCAGUUUGUGAAUUAAUGUGAGUGUGUAUGAGGGCGUGUUACCCGGGAGGGUGACGUGGUGGGGCGGGCGCCUGACAGUGUGGGAGUGACCCCGAGGGGGUGCCCAGUGUGGGUGUGUCUGUGACUGUGGCCAAGCAGGGCACCCUCAGAGCAGAGGGAGGGGCUGCUCCGAGGCAGAAUGCGACCCCCCAGCCUCUCCCCGUAGGGGCUGUAAUCUGAUCCCCAGGGACGCCCCCCAAGCCUCCCGCCCUCGCCCUGGCUGCAAGUCCUUUUCCAGCUCGCGGGGCAGAGUCCAGGGCAGCUCAAGGCUCCUCUGCACACUCCUGCUGAACCCAGAGCACCCUGAGCCGCCCAGCUGGGGCGGGCUGAGGCCGCCGCCAUGAUCGCGGGCCUGGCCCUGCUCUGGGCAGCAGUGCUGGGGGCCACUGCUCCCGGCCCUCCCCGCCUUCGGCUCUCCUUCCGAGAGCUCCAGGCCCGGCAUGGGCUCCGGACCUUCAGGCUGGACAGGAGCUGCUGUUAUGAGGCUUUACUGGUGGACGAAGAGCGGGGACGCCUGUUUGUGGGUGCUGAGAACCACGUGGCCUCCCUCAGCCUGGACAACAUCAGCAAGCAGCCCAAGAAGCUGGCCUGGCCGGCCCCUGUGGAAUGGCGAGAGGACUGCAACUGGGCGGGAAAGGACAUCGGGACUGAGUGCAUGAACUUCGUGAAGCUACUGCAUGCUUACAACCACACCCACCUGCUGGCCUGUGGCACGGGGGCCUUCCACCCAACCUGUGCUUUUGUGGAGGUGGGCCACCGGCUGGAGGACCCCGAGCUCUGGCUGGACCGCCGAAGGCAGGAGGAUGGCAAGGGCAGGAGUCCGUAUGACCCCAGGCAUCGGGCGGCCUCCGUGCUAGUGGGGGACGAGCUGUACUCAGGGGUGGCUGCCGACCUCAUGGGCCGGGACUUCACCAUUUUCCGAAGCCUGGGCCGGCGUCCGAGUCUCCGAACAGAGCCCCACGACUCCCGCUGGCUCAAUGAGCCCAAGUUCAUCAAAGUCUUCUGGAUCCCGGAGGGCGAGAACCCCGACGACGACAAGAUCUACUUCUUCUUCCGGGAGCUGGCAGUGGAGGCCGCGCCGGCCCUGGGACGCAUGUCCGUGUCCCGAGUUGGCCAGAUCUGCCGGAAUGAUGUGGGUGGCCAGCGCAGCCUGGUCAACAGGUGGAGCACGUUCCUGAAGGCGCGGCUGGUGUGCUCGGUGCCCGGGGCUGAGGGUGACACGCAUUUCGACCAGCUCCAGGACGUGUUCUUGCUGUCCUCGCGGGACCGCUGGACCCCACUGCUCUACGCUGUCUUCUCCGCGUCCAGCGGCAUCUUCCAGGGCUCUGCAGUUUGUGCCUACAGCAUGAAUGACGUGCGCCGGGCCUUUCUGGGACCCUUUGCACACAAGGAGGGGCCCAUGCACCAGUGGGUGUCCUACCAGGGCCGUGUCCCCUACCCCCGGCCUGGCAUGUGCCCCAGCAAGACCUUUGGCACCUUCAGCUCCACCAAGGACUUUCCUGAUGACGUCAUCCAGUUUGCCCGGAACCACCCCCUCAUGUACAAUCCGGUCCUGCCACUCGGGGGGCGCCCUCUCUUCCUACAAGUGGGAGCUGGGUACAGCUUUACCCAGAUCGCGGUGGACCGGGUAGCAGCUGCUGACGGACACUACGCUGUCCUCUUCAUCGGGACAGACGCGGGCACAGUGCUGAAGGUGAUCUCUGUCCCCAAAGGCGGCCGGCCUAAUGGCGAGGGGCUGCUUCUAGAGGAGCUGCACGUGUUUGAGGACUCGGCCCCAGUCACCAGCAUGCAAAUCUCCUCUAAGAGGCACCAGCUGUACGUAGCCUCUCGGAGCGCCGUGGCCCAGAUCUCGCUGCACCGCUGUGCUGCCCACGGCCGCGCCUGCGCCGAAUGCUGCCUGGCGCGUGACCCCUACUGCGCCUGGGACGGGGCCGCGUGCACGCGCUUCCAGCCCAGUGCCAAGAGGAGGUUCCGGCGGCAGGACAUAAGGAACGGUGACCCCAGCACGCUGUGCUCCGGAGAAUCAUCCCACCCAGCGCUGCUGGAGCGGAAGGUGUUCGGGGUGGAGGGCGGCAGCGCCUUCCUGGAGUGUGAGCCCCGCUCGCUGCAGGCGCGCGUCGAGUGGACCUUCCAGAGCACGGGAGAGGCUACUGGCACCCAGGUGCCGGCGGACAAGCGCGCCGAGCGCACGGAGCGGGGGCUGCUGCUGCGCGGGCUGCGGCGCGGGGACGCGGGCGCCUACCUGUGCGCCGCCGUGGAGCAAGGCUUCUCGCAGCCGCUGCGGCGCCUGGCGCUGCACGUGCUGAGCGCCGCGCAGGCCGAGAGGCUGGCGCGCACCGAGGAGGCGGCGCCCGCGGCCCCGCCGGGCCCUAAGCUCUGGUACCGGGACUUCCUGCAGCUGCUGGAGCCGGGCGGCGGCGGCACCAGCUCCCUGCGGAUGUGUCGCCCGCAGCCCGCGCCGCGCCCGCCACCCGCGCCGCUGAGGAAGGGCCGCCAGCGGCGGACGCGAGCCCCGGAGCCGCGCGCCGAGCGAGGCCCGCGCAGCGCUGCGCACUGGUGACUCGACGGUCCCCGCUCCGGAGCGGGGAGCAGGCAAGGGCGGGAGGGCGCGGGAGGCGGCGGCCGCAGCCGGAGACACACAGCUGGGGCUCAACGAGGACAGGCCCCGCCGAGGGGCAGCCGCCGGCUUAUUUAUUAACAGACGAUAACCCUGGAGUGGAGCCCCGAGGGCGGCGCAGGCUGGGCACCGGAGCCGACCGGCCGCGCAGAGCGGAAAGCAGGAUCCAGAGCAGCGAGCCGCCGGGGAAGGCGCUCCCCUUCGAGGGAGCGGAAAGCUGCGCGCUGCGAGACUGGCGGGACCGCGGGGCGGCCGACUGUACUAAUGCAAUAAACUCGGCUCUCAGCCAGGCCCGGCAGCAGGCCACCGCCCGUGCUGGUCUUGCUGGUGGCCUGGGGCGCCUUCCUAGCA